GGAUGCUUGCUUGAUUGUGUGUGCCUUUGUAUAAUACUGUCAAUCAUUUCUUCUGUCUGGGUCAAAAACUUUCAGACUGAGUGAAAAUUUUUGCAAUCGUUUCAUUCCUGUCUUUCAGCAUCUAAACUCUCGAUUCAACAUAAUGAGUUGCCAAACAUGUACUGGAUGCUUUACUGGUGGUGGAUGCUCGACCAAAAAGUCCAAGUCUAAUCACAAGGAUACUACGAAACUUGAAUCAAUACUUGUGAAGGCUGAAAGUGGAAAUCCUCAACAAGGGGCCGACCAUGAUCACACAGUGACAGCUAUCGCUGAGAUAAUGUCGAAAAACAUAUAUUCUUCACAAAUGGCAUUAUUCUCAAUGUAUGAUAAGCUGCCAUAUGAAGAUUUUUUAAAAAUUGUGCGGAAAUGCUACGAACAUAAUAUCCAGGGCCCUUACAUUGCAUGGUUAUGGGAAUAUACCAAGGGCGACGCCCAAGCUGCACUCAAACUGCUGGUAACAAGAACUGAACAUGGUGAGCAAGAUGAUUUAUGGAAACACCUUGAAGAUCAAGCAGAACUUCAUCAAGCAUUUGGAGGAAGUGGAAUUGAUGGAAAGAUUCGGCCGUCUCCAACAAAUGUCAAUUGAGUUUAAAUCGUGUCAUUGAUUGGAUACCCCCUUAUAAUGUAUAUCGUGUAUAUUUAUUUUUAAAUAAUAAAAAGAGGUAAUUCAGAUAUUUUCUGAAGGGAGUAAAAGAGUGAGUCAGGGUAAAAACGAAUGAUGAUGAUUAACCGCUAGAUUUGCAUGAUUAGCGGAAUAAUUAGUAAGGAAAGGAAUUGUGUGUAGCAUGUUGGUGGGCUUG